CAACCUUAAAUCAAGAACUCACUCUCACUUUGUUAAUUAGAAACCUAGGAAGACUCAAUUGAAUAUUGGUCAGAAAGAAAAGAUCCCAUUUUGAAUCCAAGUGCGAAAAUGGCUGCUCAGUGCAAUUCUCUGCACUAUUUCACCUGCAAACCAUGUUUUAGAAAACCCUUGCACCCAUCUGCAACAGCCCACUUCGCCUCCCAUCAAGAAACUCCAUUUCUAAUCAACUCUGAUUCACUCAAGAUCUCAAACCCAAGGUUAAAUAAGAAGGUUUGCGCUGUAGUUUCAGAAGAAAAAGCGAUGGAAUCUAACAAUUCAGAGACUGAUGUUUUCAAACUCACUUAUUUGGAGGGGAAUAGUUGGAUAUGGGAGGUGGGAGGUGUAAAAAUAUUGGUUGAUCCAAUCUUGGUGGGGAACUUGGAUUUUGGAAUCCCUUGGUUAUAUGAUGCUGCUAAGAAAUUCAUCAAGAACUUCAAGCUCGACGAUCUUCCUGAAAUCGAUUGCUUACUAAUCACACAAAGCCUUGAUGAUCACUGCCAUAUGAAAACUCUCAAGCCCCUAUCUCAGAAGCUGCCAAAUCUCAGAGUUGUUUCAACUCCUAAUGCUAAAGAACUCUUGGAUCCUCUGUUCUCUAAUGUAACGUAUCUAGAGCCCGGUGAGGGCUCGGAGAUCCAAGGGAAGGACGGAUCAUCAGUGAAAGUCCGUGCUACUGCAGGCCCAGUUUUAGGCCCUCCUUGGCAGCGGCCUGAGAAUGGCUACCUUGUGACCUCUCCCAGCGGCAAGGUGACAUUGUAUUAUGAACCACACUGCGUCUACAACGAGGAGUCAGUGGGGAAGGAGAGAGCUGACAUAGUCAUCACACCUGUUAUAAAGCAGCUUCUGCCAUAUUUCUUGCUGGUUUCUGGCCAGGAAGACGCAGUUCGCCUUGCAAAGCUGCUGCAGGCAAAGUAUAUCGUCCCAAUGAGGAACGGCGAACUUGACAGCAAAGGGGCUCUUGCUAGUAUCAUCAAGGCUGAAGGGACUAUUCAAUCAUUCAAGGAACUUCUUAUGAAAGAGCUACCAGAUGCCAAGGUACUAGAGCCUAAACCUGGAGUACCACUGGAAAUUUGAUCAGCAUCCACCAACAACACUUCUAAGUUCAAAUUGCACCACCCCUAAAAUACUUAGAAAACUGUUACCAAUUGUUCUUGAUAGCAUUACAAAACAGAGUGUAAGUGAUGCACAAUUUUUCUCAGAAUACUUUACUUUUAUUUUUAUGAUCA